GGCUACAACUGCCUACAACUGUUUAAAUGAUUGGUACUAUAUUGUGUCUCAUAUAAUGGGUAUUUAGUGAACUAUUAUUAUUAGUUAUGAUGAUUCCUUUAGGUUUUCUCCAGGAUUUUCUUCCACCUCUUAUAAACAUGACACGGGGAGAACAUGCAAACUCCACACAGAAAGGACCCGGACCGUCCCACCUGGGGAUUGAACCCAGGACUUUCUUGCUGCGAGGCGACAGUGCUACCGCCUGUGGCAAAUUGGUGUGCAGAUGUUCAAGCAAAUUACUACUUAAUGAAAGAAAGGAGGAGUGCGGGAAUGGAGAGUAGCAGGUGAUGUGAGAGAAGUCCGGUGAGAACAUGCACGCGUCCCACAGACCAAACCACAGCAGGCAGAGGGAGCCUCUCUUUAGACCACAUUCGACUUGCACUCCUAGGAGAAGCACGAGCUCUCUAAGACAAUGGCUCCUACUUACCUGCCUUCUGCUGACUAUGCCAAGCUUUCCAACAAGGAAAAACAUAAAUUAAGAAAACCAGUGGUGGAGAAAAUGCGCAGAGAUCGCAUUAACAACUGCAUUGAGCAGCUCAAAGUCAUGCUGGAAAAGGAGUUCCAUCAGCAAGACCCCAACACCAAGCUGGAGAAAGCUGACAUCCUGGAGAUGACUGUUGUCUUCCUGAAGCAGCAGCUCCAAACCCAGAUCUCGGCACCACAGAAAGCCCACUGCGAUGGCUACUCUCAGUGCUGGAGGGAGACUGUCAACUUUCUGUCUGCCAACUCCAAACUGGACGUCACACUUCAGCAUCUCAACCGCUGCAAAGAUGCUCAAAGAUCUGCUAAAAAUCUUCACAUGUCUCCUCUGAGUUCCUCCCAGAGUCACCAGGCUCCUGUCAAGCAGGACAUCAGCACACACAGUGCUGUCUGGAGGCCUUGGUAGAGACACAGACUCCCUCAUGUUAACCAGAUGGCAGUUUUGCCAUCUAUCAUGUAGGAGAAUUAUAUUUCCAAGAACUUAUGGACUAAAACAGAAAUUCUUCUAUUUACGAAGCACCUAAUGAAAAGAUUCUUCAUAUUGAAGACUAAUGGAGCUGAACUUUAUAAGUUUACAGUAUGUUAAACAGCAAAGAUUUGUAUGCUUUGCUGAAUAUUUUUACAGAGUAUCUGUGUACAUCCACUGCUUAGAAUUAAGCAUUUAAUGUCUUGUUGGAUUGUUGUUAAAAUCCUUUAUUUUUGGCCUUUUGUAAAGGCAGUUGAGGAAUUGAAUUUCUCUGAUGUUGGUGCAUUCACGCAUCAAAAUGUAUA